AUGUCGGCCCCGACGCGCGGGUCGCUCGCGAGCGCGCUGCGGAAGAUGCAGAGCCCGGAUAAGGAUUACAGGUACAUGGCGUGCAGCGAUUUGCUCGGGGAGAUCUCGCGAGAGUCGUUCGGGACGUUUCCGUCGAGCGAACAGGAGCGAGAGGCGAUGGUGGCGGUGACGCGGUGUGUGUUUGAUGCGUCGGCGGACGUCGCGGGGUUGGCGAUGAAGUGUUGCGCGUCGAUCGCCAAGCGCGCCGCGGGAGAGACGUGCGAGGAGUUGUGCGAGGAGUUGUGCAAGGCGCUGAGUGGGAAGGACGGGGGGAGGCGAGACGCGGCGUCGAUGUGUUUGAAGACGAUCGUGAUGGAUAUCGGGACGUUCGACGAGGAAUCGAGAACGGCGAUGCUGGGGGCGUGCGCGCCGGCGCUCGCGGCGCUCGUGGAGAAGGGUGGUAGAGACGGUGCGACGGGCGAGGAGGCGAACGUCGCCGCGGAAGCCGUGGACGUCGUGCACGCGAUCGCAACGGCGCUCAGUACGGCACCGCACGUUCGUUUGACGCAAGAGACGAGCGAUGAGUUGCAGAGGACGCUUUUGGGGCACGUCGAGCGAGGGAAAACGGGCACGCGCAAGCGCGCGGCGCAGUGCGUCGCCCUGUUGUCGACGUACGCAAAGGACGACGCGCUGGAUCGAACGGUCGAGACGGUGUCGACGUCUUUAGAGGAGAGUAUCGCGAGCAAGGGGAAGAGUGACUUGUACGCGUUCACGCUCGGCGCCGUGGCGCGCGCGGUGGGGUAUCGAUUCGGCGAGCACGCGGAGCGGGUGACGCUGAUCUUGCUUCGAGUAUGCAAAUCCGCCACGGAUGAUUACGACGAAGAAGCCAUCGUGAACAUAGAGAGCGCGCUGCGGGCGAUCGAGAGCAUUGUAUCUUCGUGUUCGUCUAGCACUCAAGGUAGCGAAGGGACCGCCGCGCGUAUCGCGGUAGCGCUCAAGUACGUGUCGCACGAUCCAAACUUUGAUGAUGACGAAGCUAUGGACACGGACGGCCACGAUGCCACAGGUGACGAUGAUGACGAAGACGAAUAUAGCGAAGACGAUGAUUACGAUGAGGAUGAUGACGAUGAGAGCUGGAAGGUGCGUCGCGCGGCGGCGAAGGUGCUUAGCUCGGUGAUGAGCACCGCGCCCGAGUCGACGUUGACCGAGCACUACGAUGACGUGAUGAGUAAGCUCCUGUCGCGCUCGAGAGAUCGCGAACCGAGCGUGCAGUUGGAUAUUUUUUCGGUAAUUGGUGACGUCAUACACGUGACGCGCCGAUGUCUCGAACACAAUCCAGAUUCAAAGCUUGGCGCCAAGCUGCGUGCUUCGGCGACGGAUGUCGUUCGAGUCAUUGUCCGCGAGUCGACUUCAAAGAAUCAAAAGACGCAGAUCGCGGCGUACACACUCCUGCGCUCGCUCGGUGACGUCUUCCCCGGUUUAUUAGCCGAGGUUCGAGACACUGAGGCUCGAGACUCAGUCGUUCGCGCUGUCGAGCGCUGUAUCAGCGAUCAGGCUUACGGCACCGCAGCUCGCAUUGAGGCGCUGGCGUUCAUUUGCAGCAUUUGCAAGCCAGAGGGUUUCGACGCGCUCGAACCGUAUGUCCACGGUUUGUUGCCGCAUAUUUACACCGCGUGCGCUGACAAGUACUACAAAAUUGUCGCUGAGUCGUUACGCUCGUGCGCCGCCUUGGUUUUUGUGCUGCGACGCGAGGACGCUGGCAUGGUUCCAGCGGAUAACGUCACCGAAAUCAAAUCACUGCUCGACGCCGUGCUCUCAAAGCUGGACUCGAGCGACGAGGAUCAAGACGUGAAAGAAGCCGCGAUUCACGUGUGCGCGGUCAUCUUGGCCAAGUUGAACGAUCUGAUUACCACGCAGGAUCAAUCUCGGGUGCUCGGUUUGCUUCUUGAGCGAUCGCGUAACGAAACGACACGAUUGGCAGCGGUGAGAGCAUUCGCCAUGAUCGCCGGAUCUUCUAGCGCCGUCGAUCUUUCCGCGGUCGCGGCGUCCGUAACCGGCGAGUUUACCACCUUCCUGCGCAAGUCGAACAAGGCCCUGCGCGAGAGCUCUCUCGCCGCCCUCACCGCUCUAGUCUCAUGCCACAGUGCAGCUCUUCAGGAUCCAGACGUUUUACCCGUGGUCACGGAAUCGUCUUCUUUACUCAAUGAAGAAGAUUUACAUCUCGCCACUAUGUCAGCCGGACUUUUGAGCGCCAUCGCGGCCGCUGCGAGCUCGUUCCCGAAGGCUGCCUUGAGCAUGGCGACGACGACGCUUCCAUUGGCGCUCGCACUCACACGGUCGCCGCUGGUGCAGAGGCAGACGUUGAAGUCGCUUCAGGAGCUCUAUAAGAGUCUCGUUCUCGCCGAUGUUGUCACGUUCAAACCACUACUCGACGCACUGUCGGACACGUCGGGGAUUCAAUCUGUUGACAGUCAGUUCGUAGCUCACAGCUUAGCUAAGUGCGUCGCAUCUGCUUGCGUCGCCUCGGGUGAGGCGGUGACCAAGGAGACCACGGAUACGCUUUUAGCGAAGCUAAAGGACGCAAAGGGCAUCGACGCCGUGUACACUCUUCUAUGCAUCGGCGAAAUCGGUCGUCUCACGGACGUGUCGUUGAACAAAGAGCUAGAGACCAUCUUAUUCAGUGCGUUUGAUAGUUAUGGCGACGAUGUCAAGGGCGCGGCCGCACUCACUCUCGGACGAGUUGCCGUCGGGAAUCGUGAGAAGUACCUGCCCCUGAUCACCUCCAAGCUCGCUAAUGAAAACAUUGAGCAUCAGUACUCUCUCUUGCAGGCGCUUCGCGAGGUCAUCGUCGUCGGAAACUUGAACGAGCAAGAGGCGAACGAGGUGAUGGCGAUUCUCGACCGCACGGCGAGCUCCGAGGAAGAGGGUGUUCGGAACGUCGUGUCCGAGUGUCUUGGCCGAUUAACGGCGUCGAAUCCGAAGGUCUUGAUGCCGGAGAUCGCGAACAGAUUCGCCGCGAGCGCGUCGGCGCUCGAAAAGGCCACUCAUAUCUCCGCCGUGAAGUUUGCCGUGCUGGCGAGCGCCAAGGGCGAGCUCACGAAGAUUAGAGGAGACCUGCGACUGCCCGAGUUCAUGAGUGCCAUCUCGGACGAAGACGUGAACGUGCGAACGGCGGUGAUCAAAAUGAUAAGCGCGGUGAUUCACCGCGAGAGCGCGCUCAUCGUUCCGAUCUUACCAGACAUCCUGCCCAAGCUUCUCGCGCAGACGGCGAUCGUUACCGAGCUCGUCAAGGUGUAUGAUCUUGGUGCGUUCAAGCACACCGUGGACGACGGAUUCGAGUGUCGUAAGUCGGCUUUCGAGUGCGUGAACACGAUUUUAGAUUCUUGCGCUGGUCUCGUAAACGCUCGCGACGUCGUGUCGGCGAUAACGAGCGGUCUUGGCGACCACUAUGACAUAAAAAUGCUUGCGCACGCCACGAUGCUCAAACUCAGCGAGGGUAUCGCCUCCAACUCCACCGACGCUGUGCUCGCGAACUUAGACUCUUUCUGUGCGCCUCUUGAAAAGACGCUCACGGCGCGCGUCAAAUCGGACGCUGUACAGCAAGAGAUCGACCGUAACAAUGAUUUGCUUCGUAGCGUCCUGCGCACGGUGCGCUCAAUCAACCGCCAUGCCUCGAGCACGAACGUGGCGUCGUGGAAAAAGUUCAACGAAGACAUUGUCGUGGGCAAGGAAAAUAUCGCGGAGAUGUACUCGCAGUUAGAGAAUGAUGAAUGA